CCCCAUAUAGUGUAACAUACGGCACCUGCCAUUUUGAUUUAUUUAUGUCCUAAAAUGCUUUCCUGUCCAUUUCUGAAGAAGCUCUCUCCUGCCGCCAUUCAGAAAGAUUUUCAGCAAAUAUCUGGGCUUAUUCCGAAGUGUCCAUUCGCAAGACGGUUGUUUGAAAAAACCGAUUUCAACUUUGCACGCUACUGCUCUUCACUUGCUGCAAAUGCUGAGUCGAAACCGGAAUCGUCCGUCGCUUGCAAGGAUGUUUCGGAGUGUGUUUUCAAGAAAUGUCCAUACUCCUCGCCACUGCCCCUUGCGCGAACAUCGGAGUCAAAUGCACCCGGCAAGGCCUCAAAUGUUGGACAGUGCCUUCACGAUGCUCAGCAGGGAUGUAUGAUCGAGCACCUCACGGAUGCAAGUGGUAAGCCCAUUCCAAAAACUUGUGCUCUGUUUGAGGGCUGGCAGGCAAGCAAACUGGCCCGUUCGAAUCAGAAUUUGCCCCCUAGUACGUUACCCCAGUCAUUAAUGGAUCAGUUCAAGUUGAAAUCCAGCCGUGGAUUUGAUUACUCUGGAUUUUGUCAGUCUGAAAUAGAACGGAAGAAAAAGGAUGCAACCUAUCGGGUGUUCCGACGUGUGCUUCGCGAUGCAAACGAAUUCCCUUUGGCCGACGACUUCUCGACUGGGGCACGACGACGCGUAGCCAUAUGGUGCUCAAACGACUAUCUGGGUAUGAGUUGGCACCCGAAGGUACAGGAAGCUGCAAUCAAUGCCAUUCAGCGGCAUGGCGUUGGAUCAGGUGGGACACGGAACAUUUCUGGCAAUUCGAUACUUCACGAGGCCCUGGAAUCCGAAUUAGCUGACCUGCAUGGCAAGCCUUCUGCUCUCCUGUUUACCAGCUGCUAUGUGGCGAAUGAAGCGAGUUUGCAUACCCUUGGAGUCCGCCUACCAACCGUGACCAUUGUUUCGGAUGCCGGUAACCACGCUUCCAUGAUUCAUGGAAUACGAACUAGCCGAGCGCCCAAAAUGAUUUACCGCCACAACGACGUGGGUCACUUGACCAGCAUGCUCGCAGAACUUCCGCUGGACGCUCCAAAGGUGGUUGCUUUCGAGACGGUGCAUUCAAUGACAGGCGAUGUAUGUCCGCUGGAACAGCUUUUGGAUGCCGCCGAGGCUCGAAAUGCACUCACUUUCGUCGACGAGGUCCAUGCUGUUGGAUUAUAUGGUGCACACGGGGCCGGUGUUGCUGAGCGCGACGGCCAGAUGCAUCGGAUAGACGCAAUCACGGGAACGCUGGGAAAGGCAUUCGCUAGUGUCGGUGGAUACCUCGCUGGGAGUCAGGAGCUGGUUGAUAUGAUUCGGUCAUACGCUUCUGGAUUCAUAUUCACGACUUCCUUACCGCCGCCAACACUGGCGGCCGCACGGGCGAGCAUCGCAAUACUGAAAUCUGAGGAAGGACGACAGCUUCGCGCGGAACACCAAAAAAGAGUCGCUGUAGUGCGUCAAAGGCUACAAGAUGAAGGGCUUCCCGUACUCGACGCACCUUCCCAUAUUUUACCACUGCAUGUUGGAGAUGCUGAGUUAUGUACCCGGAUUUCUGUGGAGCUGCUUGCAGACCACAAUAUCUAUGUGCAAUCGAUCAACUACCCAACAGUAGACAGAGGAGACGAGCGCCUUCGAAUCGCCCCAACGCCCCAUCACACUGAUGUGUUGACAGAACAAUUGGUCGAGUCCCUAUGCACCAUUUGGAGGAAAUACUCGUUGCCACUUGUCUCACAUUCGAAACAACGCGCCGCACCUGCCACUGCUGCUUGAGGAAAUAAUUAUAGACUUCUGGAUUCGUAUGUAGUUAUCAUAGUUUUGUCCUUUACUCCCCACUCGUAGCCUAUGAUGUCUAUCUUUUCAGCUUCUGUAACUUCUAUGGAAAGAGAAAUAAACGCUCAGAUGUCAUUAAUGACGUAUGCAUUCAAAUAUACAGAUUGGAAACGAGGGGGAUACAGACCAAAUUUAGUCCGAAAUGGGUCGUUUGUACCAAAACCGUGCUCUGUUGUCGUCACUGCAGGACAUGAACGCAGCUGUAGUCGGAGAAUGUACAAAGCAGCGUAUUGGGCCGUUGUGAUCUGACAGUAGACAAUAGGAAGGUGAGAGUUGCAAACAUUGUCUAAGCCUUUCUGUGAGAUUUUAUAUAGUAGAACCUAGUUUCCGGCGACC